CCUUCGGCAAUAUCCUAUCAUUACUCACUCAUUCAUACCUUAAGGCCAAAGUUGUGUUCAACCUCGUCGGCUUUUUACAGACAAUCAUUUCCCCUUCAUCGAUUCCCUGUAUUUGCCCGCAUCACAACCUAGAAUUCCCCAGCUUUCGGGGUCGAACCAUCGCACUCAAAGUCCGAUGGACGAGAACGAGCCGAAUAAGCGACGCAAACGCGGUCGACAUGCCGCAGCCUGCACCUCAUGUCAUCGGCGCAAGCAGAAGUGCGAUGGUGCUCGUCCAUGUUUCAAUUGCACCCGCCGGAACGUGACUUCGUCUUGUGUAUACGGCGAGCAUGUUCAACGCCCCAAGAAAGCGGACUCUGAGGGGAUUCAGCGUCCUGUUACCCCUCCCCCAGUGAUAGUCCAUUCCGAGGCCUCUCGCGACCGACCUCCAAGCAGAACAACACCUACUGAAGGCACCUUGGGCACAGGUAGUGGAAACACACCAGAACCACGAGACCCUCCUGUCGGCAAUCUAUUCAGUAGCCGCGAUGCGCCGUCCUUCUUCGGCUCAUCAUACUUUGGCCCUCAGGCAGCUGCCAAAAUCAUCGAAGCUCCGGCCCCAGACUUAUCCUCAGGGAUUCGACACGCCGCGGGCUCAGCACACUCAUUUCGUGACGUGGGCGGGCCCUUCUCGCAAAUAUGGGAUUUGCUUGGAUUGCUUCCAAGGAAAAAGAGUAGUGUGGAUCGACUGACAGAAUGCUUUCUGAAUGACCUCAACUGGGCCAUUGACGCCGUACAUCCAGAGUCGUUCAAGGCCAAAUACAACCAGUUUUGGGAGAGGAAGUUCGGCUUCGACGACUUCGCCACGAUUGACCUGCGCUGGCUUGCACUUCUCUUUAUCGUACUAGCAUAUGGUGUGUUGCUUGAUUGUCCGCAACCAGAGAAUAGCCAAGUACAACGGGAGCUCCAAGAGACAUCGUUGCGAUUCUACUGGGCUUCGCGAAGAGCCAUCGUUAUUGCGCCGACAUUCUAUGGAGAGUCUACAGAUCUUGUUCGAGCUGGCGUGCUUGUAACCCGAUACCUCAUUCACCUGCGGAGGGCUCCAGAGUCUUGGUUGACGACAAGUUUUGCUAUGCGUAUGGCCCAAGCACAAGGCAUCCAUAUCGAUGGAGAGCGUUGGCGAUUAUCGCGCAAGGAAACGGAGACUCGACGACGCCUUUGGAGUCAUCUCUACAUGCUGGAUAAGACAAUUGCUCUUGCAAUUGGAAGACCUUUCGCAAUUGUAGAUACACAGUGUCUAGUAAAGAGGGCGACGAAUGUAUGGCUUGAUGACCUGAGCGACGAAGCAGCAUCAAAUGUUGGAGAAAAUUCGCUUUCAGAUCCUACGCCCAGCGUUUGCAAUUUCCUUGCUCAUGAUCUUGCAACGAUAAUCGGAAAAAUUCAGGAACGCUGCUUCGGAUUAUUUGCUGUCUCGUAUGACACAGUCCUUUCCCUGGAUCAAGAGAUUGUGGAAUGGGAGGCCAAAUUGCCUUCAUAUUUCCGUCUACAGGAUCCCGAUUUAAGCCUUGAUCAAUCACACCCAUUUCUAUGCUGGAACCGCAUGCUUCUGCACUCAAUGUAUCACUUUACACGAGUAACGUUGCAUAGACCAUAUCUUCUCCGGCAAAGCAUCACAAAUCGUUUCAAGCAGAGUCACGACGCCUGCAUCACAUCUGCUUGCGCUGAUCUCGACAUGCGAUUAAGAUACCUCGCACAGCCUUUCCACGAUCGCUUGAAAUGGUCACUUGGUCCACAUCAUUUAUUCAAUAGUGCUCUGGUGCUAGGUAUCAUAGCUGUGCGUGAUCCGCACUCUCGUCGAUCACAUGCCAUUCUCGAAGAUCUAUCAGCAUAUUGCGACAUGCAGCGCAACGACACAUGGCUGAACGAAUUUGCUCUGGCCGAGGUCAAGAUAGUAGAACUCUGCAUCAAGAAAGCUAAUGACCUGCGUCACGGCAAUCUGCCUUCAAUUGCUAAUAUAUCCACCGCGCCCAUGGCAACAGAACUCCCUAGCGUCGACCCUUCAACUACCGUCCACCAUGCUCCAAACGCUGCUGAUAGUGACGCAACGUUCACUACACCAGAUACAGACUUCAACACCGAGCCUUUCCUUGGGCUUCAUAAUAUUCCAGGUGGCAGUGGACCAUUCUCGUGGCAAACACCAUGGGCCGAUCCCUCUUUCUCGCUACUCGAGUCUGGAGACCUUCAACACUGGGAACAAGUUCUCGAUAGUAUCACACAAGACCAAGCUUUGUUUGGAGUCCGUUAAUUAUUAUUCAUUCAUACUAUCUAUUUCUUCAAUGGCUUUUGUUCGUACUCAACAGUGUUUACCAAGCUGCCCAUUCCAUGGCUCAUUACAAUUCUGCAGUCAUCUCCCGGCUUCAAGAACACCUUCGGUGUCUUGCUGACGCCAAUGCCGUGAGGAGUUCCGGUCAUAAUAACCGUUCCAGCCUCCAAAGUGGUUCCAGUUGAAAGAUACGACACAAUCUCGGGGAUGGAGAAGAUCAUGUCGUUUGCAAGGCUGUACUGCAUCGUCUCGCCAUUGAGAACGGUCUUCACCUCAAUCUCACCGGCGUUGGGGAUAGAGCUGGCAGCGACAAUGCAUGGUCCCAUUGGCGCGAAACCAUCCAUUCCUUUGCCGAAACCCCAUUGCGCUCCUCGGAACUGAUGCGUCCUUGCGGUUACAUCGUUGGAGCAUGUGUAGCCUAGAACGUAG